ACGAUCGGUUAAACAAAAUCGAAACAUGAGAGACAGUCGAGUUCCUGCUGUUGUUUUGAACGCGAAUAAAUACACGAAAUUCGUGCUGCCUGUUGUGUACUUUAACAUUAACUAAGAUAUCGUUAUCAGUUUCUUCAAGAAAAUAGAAUUCAAUGGGUAGAAAAUUACGGAAAAAGUAAAAAAUAAUAAUUUUUAAAUUAAGUGAGAUCAAGUAAAAAGUAACUUUUACGUUUCAAAAAGAUUACUCUGCUGAUACAAAUUCAUUGUGUAAUAUUUUUUAGGCAAUUGCAGUGCUAAAUAUUAAGAAAUAAAUAUAUAAUUAAAAAAAUCAACCGUUGGAACAAUGAAGAUUAUAAUAUUACUUUUCAUAGGAAUAGUUACAAUAGAAAUUUGUAAUGGUGCAAAUUUACGUCGCUUAUUUCGAAUGAAAAGAGCUGAAUCAGAUUUUAUUCUACGAAGUUGCAUAGCGACAGCUCAGUUGACAAGAAAACAUAGAAUAAAUGAUGCAUCACGUUUGGUAGUAGAAGAGACAAAUUUACCAUAUCUUGCUUCAGCUUCAUUGAAACUAGAUAAUUCCAAGUUCAAGGGUCCAAAUAGUAUUAAGCAUUUGAGAAGUGGCUCAAGAUUCAAAUCAAAGUCUAAAGGUAGAAACUUGAUAUUAAAAAAAAUAGAUUCCCCACUUGGUACAGUUGAUGUUCAACCGAUUCGUCAAGACUUUCCAAAGGCUUUCAAGAAAAAAGAUCCUCUUCCAGAACUUGACAGACGAGGAUCAGCCAGAAAUUUGGAUACAGAUACACCUAUCACUGUAGUUCAUACUUUAAAGCCAAAAAUAAUGUAGUCUGAUAAUUUUUAUAAAACAAUUUAUUUAAUGCGAAUAAUCACAUUAGUAACAAACCUACUGAUCUAAUAUACCAUUUACAGUUUUUUAACUUGGAGGAGAACUGACUGAUUCUGGUAGUGGUUUAAUUUCAACCUAAAAAACAAAGUAACAAUUUUUAAAACAUCAACAAAGACAAUCAAUAAAUCUUUUUUUUUUCACAAAAUUAGAAAGUUC